GCCCUGGAGGCUACACAAAAAUUCCUGGAGUCAUCCUCAUUUCAAGUUCCUGACAUCUACGCUAAAUCCAUCCUCUUCGACCGAUUACUUUUUUUUUUCUCGUCACUUUUUCCUCCCAUCCCCACUACUCUUUGUUCCCACAGUCUAGAUGAACUGCACAUCCCUGCAGUUGCAUUAUUUUCCCAGUGUAACGACACAAAUAAUCAAAAUAAUUACAACACACGUUAAUAAAAAUAAAUAAUGCCAGAGUGAUGCGCCAGUGUGGAGCCAGUGGUGAUCGGUGAUUCAACGAUUCUCAUAGUUAAAUUAUAAACAACUGUAGUGACACACCUCUCGAUUUCACAGGUCAAAUAAUUGAUAGUAAUUCAUUUUCUCUUCAUCACAAUUACCCACCCCCCUCCCCACCCCGUUAUAAAACAGAAAUGAAAUAUCUCUGAUGCCAUGAACAAUUUUAUCGGGAAUUAAUCGAGGUGAUCACCAGGAGACAUUAACUGUUGUUUCAAUUAAUUAGUUAAUCAAGCUGUGUGAAACAUAUUUAUCAUGUCCUGUGGGAUAUCAUUAGUUCCGGUGAUAGCGAUUGCAGCUGGUGAGUCAGAGGAAUAGAGAACACCCUGGAGGAAUGGCUAAUCUGACAGUUCAGUCAUCCAGCAAAAGCAGUUCACGUGGUGCGUCACCCAGUAGGAAUAAUCCACCGAGUCAUCAGCGUCAUCCGUCAGCUAGUUUUGAAUAUCCAGCUAAGCCAUGUAAUCCCAGUGUGACUCAGACCGGGGAAGGCAGCACUGGAAGUGGUAGCAGCAGUGGUGGUGGUGGUAUCAUCAAGGGUAACAGACAGAGAUCACCAGCAGCUCAGGUACGAACUGGAGACACCAUGGAGGAACCUGCUCCAGGGAAUGAUACUGAGGAUUUUUCCUCCAAUGUUCAUCCACCCACUGAUGAUGAGGGGGAAACGUAUCAUCAGACUCAAUCUUUCUUAUCGAAUGGCUCGUCGGAGUUGAUAAGCGACGACGUGGACUCCAGUGUUUCCCGGGUGAAACAGACAAUCGAGCAGAUGCAGAAUAAAAUAACCAAGACCCGGGAGUUAAUAAGGACCGAGCAGAAAACACGCGAUGAAAAUGUCAAUGAAUAUCUCAAACUGGCGGCAAGCGCUGAUAAACAGCAGUUGGCGAGGAUUAAGACAGUCUUCGAGAAGAAAAAUCAAAAGUCUGCCCACAAUAUUGCUCAACUGCAGAAGAAACUCGACAGCUACAUGAAGAAAUUGAGAAAUUUCGAGGUGAAUGGACCACAGGCGAGCCAUCGGCAGCCCCGCGAGGUUCUCAGAGACAUGGGCCAGGGCUUGAAAAACGUGGGGGGCAACAUCAGAGAUGGAAUCACCGGUUUUUCAGGGAGUGUCAUGUCGAAACCCAGAGAAUUCGCCCACCUGAUAAAAAAUAAAUUCGGCAGUGUUGAUAACAUCAAUACACUGUCCCAUGGCUCAACUUUUUAUGUAAACGAACAACCACGUGCAGGUAAUGGUGACAAUGUUAGUGUCGAGGAGGAGAAAGCCCAUCAUGGAUCAGCAACACUGCCUGGAGGUUGCAGUCUUGGGUCAACCCAGACACCAGGACCCAUUAAAUUUCCAUCGGAGGAGGGUUCUGAGUGCUCGAGCGUGACAAGUGAGAGUGGACCUGGUAGCAGGGGUCAGGCACACGCCUGUCACAGCACCAAUGCUGCUUUCAGCUUGAAGACGAUAUUCGCUGAGCUCCAGGAGCACCGGGAGAACUUCGACCGGAUGCGAGAAAAAUUGGAUGGAAUGAAGACUCUCCAGCAAGAGGUGACGUAUCUCUCCAAUUCCCUCCAGGAGGAAAGAUUCAGGUGUGAGCGUCUUGAGGAGCAGAUAAACGAUCUGACUGAGCUUCACCAGAACGAAGUGGAAAAUCUCAAGCAAACGAUAACAGAUAUGGAGGAGAAAGUGCAAUACCAGAGUGAGGAUCGUCUGAGGGAUAUUCACGAGAUGCUCGAGAGUUGUCAGACUAAAAUAUGGAAGAUGGAGCACCAGCAGCAGCAGCACCAACAAUACGUCACUCUGGAGGGAUUAGACAACAGUAAUGCGAGAGCACUUGUCGUCAAGCUUAUUAAUGUUGUUCUAACUGUUCUACAAGUGAUUUUAUUGCUUGUUGCCACUGGCGCCGGAAUAAUGAUGCCUUUCCUGAGGACUAGCUGUACUAAGCCUCAUUGUUUCAUGUGCAGGGUGCGCAUAUUGACGACAACAAUGGUCGUACUUGGCAUUGUAUUCGUCUUACAACAGUGGCCAGAGGUUCACGACGUUGGGAGUCACCUCAUGAGACAUCUCAAGCAGACACUGGCUGUCAAGUAGCACUGCAAGUUUCCAUUUAUCAAAUGUUAUUCACAUCUUUAGUUUUAUUUCUUUAGCUACUGCCCUUCGGUGAUUAUUCAUCCCUCCACAGAACGAUCGAACGAUUUAUCUCGCUGUUUGGGAGAUCGAUACUCUGAAUUAAUCGGGGUAUUUUUUUUAAUUUAAUCAACUGUUCGAUAACGAUUUAUCGCGGCAGUGGCGUGUGGCUAAAUGUUGAUACAUACUUCAUUAAAUGAGGUUUAUUGUUGCUAAUUGUAAUUAACGGUUCGAAUCGUCGAAACUGUACGAAACAUGACACGUAGUGGAAAUCAAAGGCUGAAGAGUUUAAAAGACAUUGAAAUAAAGAUAUGUAAAUGCCAAAAUUGUUUAAACGCUAUUUUGAUAUCGGAAAUUUUGCUAAUUAUUAAUUUCGCUCAUUCACAGAAUUCUUUUUCUUUUCAUUUCCGCUCAUAGUCGUUCACUUAGCUGUUGCACAAAUUAAUUAUUUUUUUCUCUCUUUCUCUCUCUCUCUCUGUCAAUCUCUCUUUUUUUUUAUUUCAUGUGAAUUUUUUUUGUGUCCACCGGUGUAUCGUCAAAUUGCUGUGACUAUUAAUAAGUUUUAACACUAUUAAUUAUAAACGAUAGACUAAGAAUAAUUAUUUGGGAUCAAGGGUGGCAAUUCGUUAGAGGCAAUGAGGUGUCAGUUAUGGAGUAGAACGAAAUAAUAAUUUAAAAAAAUGACUACAUUAGAUUCUAGCUCAAUAUCAAAUUACGUUAUGAACUUAUUGAAAUUUAUUUUGUAUAUGUAUAUGGAGAUUGAAUGUACAUAAAUUUCUAAAAAAAAUUCCUUCAAUAUCAUAAAUUAAUUCAGCUCUCGUCUCCGAUAGAUAAAUUUAUAAUUAAUUUGUAAAUAAAUUGUUCUAGAAGUGAUUUUGACGGAUUAAUCGAUAGAAUCUAGGAUUGAAAAACAAUUUCUAGGCUUUUUAGAUGAAAAUGGCUUUGUAAAAAUUGAUGUAUUUACAUAGAUGACGAAAUAUUGAAGUUGAUAUACGAUUUUAGCACAAAAUUUUGGAUAAAAUUACCAUGAUAUCAAAUUUAUUGGUGCUUUCUAUUUGUAAGACGUUGAGUAAAAAAAAAAUAAAUAUUAGGAUUGAUUCGACGAGGGGCCCCUGAACUUCCCAAAAUUAAAAACAAAAUUUAAACCUGUGAUGGAGAAUUUUUGUACUUUGUUAUUGACUUUAUUAUUUGACGACAAAUAAUCCACACGAUUUAAUCAUGUCAUUUCGUUGGCAGUUUCAGGGGCCCCAGUACCCAGAGGUCAUUACAGAGUCGAUUAAAUAUUUAUGAUUGUCAUUGAUGCCUUUCUGAUUAAAAUGGUGAUAUAAUUCUCCAACGAGAACGACUAAAAAUUCCAUCGAAUUGAAUGAAAAUUAUUGAGAAUCACUCAUAUUCACUAAUAACCCAUUAUUUUUUUCAGUUAACUCAAUAAAAUCUGCUAUCAUUCCUUUCAACUGUUCAAUCAUCGAUAUUAAACGAAUGAAUCCAA